GGAUAUGUUUGGGCGUCUACCUUUCGGCAGCGCAACUUAUAGCAACAAUGGUCUAAGCGUCAACACUUGUUUACCUUGCUUGUUUCUCUACGAGGUCAGCAAGACUUAAUCUUGUUGACACAACCGCAUCUUGUUACCUCCAACUAUGCAUGGAUCUCACUUGUAGUCCGGAUUUCCUAUACGAAUGUGGGACAAGGUCAGCCACUGUGCUCGGGACGACGGGGAUCCACAGGAUUACGAAACCCUCCCCGAGGUCACUCUAUCUGCCUACGACGAGACCGGCCAAGCAGAAAACGUUCCCGUGCUGAAGCAACGAGCCUACACUGGUAGGAUAUUACCAUCCUCGGUCGCCAACAUUCCCUGCGUCGACCUGGGUGUUGAUGGGAUACUCGAGAAGCUCAACGUCCCAGUCUGCACCUUAGAAAGCUACCUAUACCAGGCGUGCAAAGACUUCGUUACCGAAAAUCGCGACCUUGGCACUGCCUACGCUCGUUUGCGCCCCCAUCUGUACAAUAUCAUUACCCACGGACAUGCAAGCGAUGCGGAGAAAGCACGGAAGGACGACGAGGAUAUGCGACGGAAUAUGCUUGUCCAGAAAAAGAUCUUGGAUGGGGAUAUACCCCCUCGGCGCGUCUGGGAUCUGGUUGCUAACCGGGUCGUGCCAUGGUGGGUUGCCCGCAAAUUCCCGUGGGCGAUAUCGCACGCAUGGGUGGAGGAUAAGGAUAUCAAGAGCGAGAUGACACCCAUAAACGGAUAUGAAUGGCCGGUGCCAAUCCCGAAAGACACCGAUCUGAAUCUCAUCAGAAUGGAGAUGCUGAGCCUCGGCGCGGAGUAUGUCUGGUUGGACGUUCUGUGUUUGAGGCAGAAGGGUCGGGGUGAGGACCCACGCGGUACCGCAAGCAAGGAGGAAUGGGGAAGAAGGGAGGUUCUGCGCCAGGAGGAGUGGAAAGUUGACUUGCCAACGAUCGGAUGGAUAUAUCAUAGGGUCAACCUGGUGGUUUAUUAUUUCAGCGGGUUGGGUCUGCCGCUAAGUUUCAAGCCUGGCGAUUUCGAGAACGAACGGUGUUGGUUUAAUCGAGGGUGGACACUCCAGGAGACUAGAGAUAAUCUGCUCAUUGCAGGGGAUACCCGUGACGAUGGAACGCUCAUGCCAAUGGAAAAGGCCAAACAAAAGAGGCACAAGCUCCGUAAUCAGGUUAAACGACUAUGGAGACCACAGAAGAUUGCCGAUGACACGCCCGUCGCCACAGAACCCUGCUACGAUGACAGGUUCAUGGCGGUGGACAUCCGGGACCUGUUCGAGAAAAAACUGGCAUCUUUGCGGCAAAUGCACAGAGAAGAAUCGAUAUUUAGCCUCCUGUCGCAAAUGCAAAAACGAAAAUCAACCUAUCCUGUCGAUGAAGUCGCAGGGUUGGUAUACUUCUUCUAUUCGCAGUAUAUCCCAAUAUACGAUGCGGACCAGUCCCAGGAGGACGCCUGGACAGAACUCGUUAGCGUGACGCAGGAUUGGUUUUGGGCAGAUUUGUUAUUCUUGUACCCUGGACCUGGGAUCGGAAACAAAUACUGGCAUCCGUCGUGGGGGCAGGUGAUGACGGAGAUCCUUCCCAAGUCGUCGCUCAAUAAAGGUCUAUCGGACGAAGGAAGAUGGAGACAAGUACUAUGGCCUCCGUAUCGACUCAUGCUAUGUGCGGGGAUUGGGCGCCAAAUCAUCUCCGGGGAUGGUCCGACGCGGGAAGUUGGAGGUCAAUUCUCACCUCGUGAAAAAGCGUACCUUCGACGCUGUCGCCUACCAUGGAUACCCGAUACCCGAUGGGAAGUAUACACUCAUAGGCACCGCCAAACAUAGCUCUACGAUGGAAGGCGUUAUCUGGGUCGUUGGGAAGAUAGAUAGGCUUAGGAAGAAGUUCAGGAAGGUGUCGGUGUUGAGGAUGGCGGACAAACAGGAAGAAGAGAAGCUUUGGAAAAUUGACGCUCACAGGUACACUGAAACACUUCUUAUUUAACAUAUUUAUGUAGUUGGGCUUGACGACAGCGGCCGGACAAGAUCGAGUACAGCGCUGGGACGCUUUUUGUAAUUACUAAAUGCCGGGACAGUCCUUUUUAUAUUCCUCACUCACUUUUCUACUUCUAGUAUCCUAUUAUUACAAUUGUUCUAGUUACCCGCAGACCCUUUCCUAUUAAUCUAGAUCUGCGACUGUUAUAU